GAUAAUUUGAACUGGUCGUUACAACCGUGGGAUAAGACUAGUGGACUGCUUUAAUCACCAUGCCACCCAAGAAAAAGGGAGAGCGUCAGGAUUCGGAUGUCGUUGAGGAAAGAAACGCCCAGGUGCAGCUGGAGAAGGCCAAGUACAAGCCUGUGGCGUUCGCUGUACGUUGCAACUUCUCUUACACUCCAGCAGACGACGACAACGUCCCCGUACCGGGCCAAGCUGUCACCUUUGAGGCCAGAGACUUCCUACAUGUCAAAGAGAAGUUUAACAAUGAUUGGUGGAUCGGACGGCCGGUGAAGGAGGAUGGUGUGGUGGGCUUCAUCCCCAGUCCAGUCAAUCUGGAAACCAUUCUCAUCAGAAGAGAAGUCCAGGCAAGGAAAGCUGCCAAGGCCUUAGCCAACAAAGCAGCAGCUCAAACAGCUCAAGAUAUGAACUCAAAGAAAUACACUCCUCCAUCACAAGCCAAUCAGCAAGUGAAAAAGAAACCGGGGGAGCAGGUGGCUAUGUAUGAUGUUGUGCCUACAAUGCGUCCUGUGGUUCUAAUGGGACCAUCCCUGAAGGGAUUAGAGGUUACAGAUAUGAUGCAAAAAGCACUAUUUGACUUUUUAAAACAUCGAUUUGAAGGCAGAAUUACUAUUACACGGGUCACAGCAGACAUCUCUCUGGCUAAACGGUCCAUCCUCAACAACCCUGGAAAAAAGGCCUUAAUUGACCGCUCCAACACCCGGUCCAAUCUAGAUGCUGCCGCCCAGAUCCAGGGGGAGGUGGAGCGUAUCUUUGAGCUCGCCCGCAGCCUGCAGCUGGUAGUUCUAGAUGCAGACACAAUCAACCACCCUCUACAGGUGUCCAAGACUUCCUUGGCUCCAAUCCUGGUUUACGUCAAGAUCUCCUCACCAAAAGUGUUGACCAGGCUGAUCAAGACAAGAGGGAAGUCUCAAACCAAACAUCUUAAUGUUCAGCUAGUGGCAGCAGACAAGCUUGCCCAGUGUCCACCAGAAAUGUUUGAUGUCAUCUUAGAUGAAAACCAGCUAACAGACGCCUGUGAGCACAUUGCUGAUUACCUGGAGUCCUACUGGAGAGCCACACACCCUCCAGAAAUGGAGCCUACCAACGCACUGGUGGCCCAGCUGGCUGAGAAUACACUGCCCACCAAUCCUUCAGGAAUAUCCAUACGUCAAACACAGGAUGAGCAGAAAAACAAAAAGUCAACUGCCCCCAAGAGGAAGGGCUCCCGUGAGAACCAUCUAGACCAGGACCCCCCUUCAGCCCAGGCUCAGGAGCAGAGGGCUGAGGAGGGCCAAAGAGAGGAGGAGGAACGGCUCCUGAGGACUGAACCAAAGAGACCCCAGCACACGCACCACCAUCACCAUCACCACCACCACCGCCGGAUGGAGCACCACAGUCACAUCCAGCACAGCCAAACAUCCGGUGGCAUGGAAAUACAGUCGAGCAGGGAUUAUAGCCAGAGGCUUCCCCGCAGGCACCUGCCUGAGGAGAGGGAGGAGGAGGUGGAGGAUCUGGCAGAGGAGGAUGAAGAGGAGGCUCGCUUUAACCACCGGGGCCAUAACCACCACCACCAUAACAGCAACCACCAUCAUCACCACCACCACCAUCAGCAUCACCGUGGGAACAGUCAGCCACACGUCGAAGAGGACUACGAGCAGGAGCACAAUGAACGCAAUCGGCAGCACAGGCAUCACCAGCAUAUUCCACCACGGACACACCACACGGAUCACUAUCCUGUACACAAUCAUCACAACUACCAUCACCACCACACCAGAGACAGAGACAGACACAAGGACAGGGAAAGAGACAGAGACAGGGAUCGCGGUAGAGAUAGAGACAGAGAUGCAAGACAAUGGCACAGAGAUUCUUAUAUACACUCAUGACUGUUGUUUCUACUGUGGUUUGGUGCAUGGUUUUAUGCUGCUCAUAUUAUAAUGCACUAAUGGUCAGGGCAGAGUGUGUCAUCUUUGUAGAAAAAAUUUCUCCGUAUAUUGUUUGCCAUUUUUACCCUCUGCCACAUGCACACACUUUGUCCUUCAUUCUUAUUCUUUACUAAAAUGAAUUUUAGCACUUGUAGGAUACAUUUUUGUCAGUUAUUUUUCAUUUAAUUCAUAUGGCUCUAUAUGUAUUUUUGCACAAACACUGUUCAAGAUUAAACUGCAUCUGUUCACUCAUGAAAUAUUCUCUUCCAAAGAAGGGCGGCAUUUU